AUGGUAUGGAAGGGAGAGGGAUUGCCGGAAGAAUGGAGAACAGGAUUGAUUAUACCAAUAAGGAAAAAAGGGGAGGGGGUAAAAGUGGAGGAGUACAGGGGAGUGUCGUUGUUGCCGGUAGCGUAUAAAGUGUAUGCGGAAGUAGUGAGAAGAAGAUUGGAGGAGAAAGUAGAGGCUUUAGGAUGCAUACCACAUAAUCAAACGGGAUUUAGAAGAGAAAUGGGUACAAUUGAUAACAUUUAUGUUAUCAAUUAUUUGAUCAACAGAAAUUUGAGAGGGAAAAACGGAAAGUUGAUUGCUACGUUCGUGGACUUCAAGGCUGCCUUCCCUUCAGUGAAUAGAGGGGUUUUAUGGAGGGUCUUAAGGGAGAGGGGAAUUGAGCAGGGGUUGGUCAAAAGGAUAAAGGAGUUCUACGAGGAUACAAGAGAAAGGGUUAGGGUAGGGAGUAAACUGGGAAAUGUUUUUUGGUUAGCGAGGGGAUUAAGACAGGGAUGCCCCCUGAGUCCAUUGUUGUUUAAUUUGUUGAUUGCGGAUUUGGAAGAGAGAAUGGAAAAAAGGAGAAAGGGAGGGGUAAGUUUAGGAAAGAGAAGGGUCUAUAUUUUGGCAUAUGCGGAUGAUGUGGCUCUGAUGGCUGAGAAUGAGAGUGGAAUGAGAUUGCUGAUGAAUGAGUUUGAAGGAUAUGUGAGAGAGAAAGAGUUAUGUGUGAAUGUAGAGAAAACGAAAGUGUUAAGAUUCAGAAAGAAAAGAAUGAAAGAUGAUCAGGUAUGGAAGCUAAAUGGAAAAAAGGUGGAAGAAAGUAUGAAUGUUAGUAGAAGAAUAGAGAGAGCGGCAAGAAUGAUGGGACAGGUGUGGGGGAUUGAUGAAAGGAGAUUCAAGGAUGAUUGGAAGAAAAGAGCGUGGUUGUUUGAUGCGUUGGUAUGGUCGGUUUUAAGCUAUGGGGUGGAAGUGUGGAGAUGGAGAGAGAUCGGAAAGGUGGAAAGAAUGCCUGAGAGGUUUUUGAGAUGGACGAUGGGGGUAGGGUGGAACUGCCCGGGAUAUAUGUUGAGGGAAGAGUUAGGAAGGGAAAAAAUAGUAUUAAGGCAGAGGAAAAGAGCGAUGGGUUUGGAAGAGAAAUUGGGGCAGGGAAGGGGAAGUAGUCUGGCGCAGGAGUGUUGGAGGCUAGUGAAGAACGGAGAGAACAAGGGAGGAGGGGAUAUAUCUAAAUGGGAAAAAGGAAGGAAGGAAGCGAUAAGUGAGGGAUUAGAAUGGGUAGGAAUAGGAAAGGAUUUACUGGAAGGGUGGGGUAGGAAGCAUAAGGAGGAAAGGUGGGAAAAAAUAGUAAAUUCGCGAUAUAAUAAAUGGUACAGGGCGGUGAGGGGGGAGGGAAUGCCAAGUUAUCUUGGGAAAAUGAAAAAGUAUGCAAGAUGGAAUAGAGUAUGUAAGUUUAGAAUGGGUGAGGGGAUGAGAGAAUGCAAGUAUUGGAUGGGAGAAGAAGAGAAGAUAUGUAGAAUGUGUGGAUAUGAGAGAGAGGACUGGGAACAUGUGUUAGAGAGGUGUGUGCGAGGAAUGGAUGAAGAGCAGAAAGGAAUAGAGGAGAAACUGGAAACGGAAGCCCGGCAAGAUAGGUAG